AUGGGCGGCGCCCUCUCGAACGCGCGCAACUUUGUCCACGCCGCCGCGCAGGCGUACCCGCCCACGCCCGACUGGCUCCCGGACGAGAUGCCGGACCUGACGGGGCACGUCGUGAUCGUGACCGGCGCAGGUGGAAACGCGGGGAUCGGGUACGAGACGUGCAAGUCGCUGCUCGCGCACAACGCGCGCGUGUACCUCGCGACGCGCAGCCGCUUCAAGGCCGAGGGCGCGAUCGCGUCGCUCAAGGCCGCGACCGGACGUGAGGCCGUCUUCCUCGAGCUCGACCUCGCGAGCCUCGUCUCCGUCCGCCGCGCGGCGGACGAGUUCAUGUGGAAGGAGCGCGAGCUCCACGUCCUCUUCAACAACGCGGGCGUGAUGUGCACGCCGGUGGAGAUGCUCACCAAGGAGGGCUACGACCUCCAGUGGGGGACGAACGUCGUCGGCUCCUUCUUCUUCACCGAGCUCCUCAUGCCCGCGCUCCUCGCGGGCGUCAAGACCUCGGCGGACGGCCACGCGCGCGUGAUCACCACCUCCUCGAGCACGGCGUACCUCGGCCGGAUCCGCGGCGAGACGUUCCGCGACAGCCGCAAGCGGCGGCGGACCUCGCGCGACGCGUUGUACGCGCAGAGCAAGCUUGGCAACGUGAUCGUCGCCCGACAGGUCGCGAAGCGGUACGGCGCCGAGGGCAUCGUCUCCAUCGCGCUUAACCCGGGCAACAUCCAGUCCGACCUCCUGCGCCACAUGUCGCCCCUCCGGCAAAAAAUCAUGGACUUUUUCAUCCCGUUCUACCCCGCGCCCUACGGCGCCAUCACGCAGCUCUACGCGGGUACGAUGCCCGAGCCGCUCGAGCACAACGGCGAGUUCAUGAUCCCGUGGGCACGCCGUGGCAAGUGCAGGAAAGAGGCGUACGACGAGGACCUCGGCGACCGUCUGUGGGCGUGGCUCCAGGAAGAAGUGCGCCCAUAUCGCCAGGCGACCGCACCGACUGCGUCGGUGCUCGGGCACUGGCAGGCGCAUAUGAGCAUGAUUCUGCCGUGA